AGAUCUGAAAUCGAUCCUCCCCCUCUCUGCCCCACCACCUCCUCUCACCCCAUCGCCCCGCCUCCCAGCUUUAAAAUCAACAACAACAACACAACAACAACAGUCCGCAAAUGCCUGUUCUAACCUCUCUGGAGAUCGCCACCAAGUUUAAGGAGAAUUGGAUGAUGCUUCACCCGGACGAUCAGGAGAACGUGAACGGGGCUGUCAAUCUGGACGACAGCCUGACCAGCCUCCAGUGGCUGCAGGACUUCUCCAUCCUCAGUGCCAACCUGGAGAAGCUCCCCAGCUCCAACCAUCACCAGAAACCGUCGCACUUCCCCGGCGCGGAAGCCCCAGCCUCGCCCACCGCGGGCGACACGGCUGCCACGGGGAUGCCCCUCAGCCUGGGCAAGCCCACCUCGGCCGCCACCGGGCACACAGCGCCCCCGCCCCUCCUCCUGCUGCAGCCCCAGCCGCCAGCCCCCAGCCCCCCGGAGGACGUGGACUACAAAAGCAACCCACACGUCAAGCCGCCCUAUUCGUACGCCACCCUGAUCUGCAUGGCCAUGCAGGCCAGCAAAAAGAGCAAGAUCACCCUGUCCGCCAUCUACAACUGGAUCACCGACAACUUCUGCUACUACAGGCACGCAGAUCCCAGCUGGCAGAACUCCAUUCGUCACAACCUCUCUUUAAACAAAUGCUUCAUGAAAGUGCCAAGACAGAAGGAUGAGCCUGGCAAAGGAGGAUUCUGGCAAAUCGAUCCGCAGUACGCUGACAUGUUUGUCAACGGCGUGUUCAAAAGGAGGCGGAUGCCGGCAACUCACUUUAGCACCCUCAGACAGAACAAACCACCGUCUAUGUCUACGUCUGUGCCCGAAGCCUCGUUGAGUCCAUCGCCUCAGACCUUUUUGCCUCACUCAGCGAACGGACACCCCACCAUGCGGUACAUGGCCAAUGGCCACAGCGACCAAAGCUUCGGCUUGUUGGACAACCAACGAACUGUGAGCAAACGCAAGCAAGCCUUGCCAAAGCGAUCGCUCAAGAUGGCCAGAGGUUCCAAGUCUCCGCUGCUGUCUCAGGACGAUAGGGAAGCCGAGUCCCUCAAGGGAGAUUUUGACUGGGCCUCGGUCUUUGAUGAUGUGUUCAACGUCAACGGGAGCAAUUUUGAGGACCUCGAUAUCAAUGCUGCGUUGAACUCGUUGGGAACAGACCUGGACCUUACUGUGCAAGGCCGACACAUCAGUCCUCAAUCUAAAUGGUGCGCCAUUGGGAUGGACCAAGUUCUCGCCGAAACCACCAGCCAAACUACGCAGUUUGAAGAUUUUACUUUCUUCUCAGAUCUUCAGAGGCAUCCUUGGGAGGAGAUGAAGGAAGAAUUCCAAGUGAACCCUUUGAACGUAGAUCAAGGCUUCAAUUUCUAUGAAGGUUUCUUCAAUGAAAUACAUCAGUGGGAAAGAGGGGAGACCUUUCUGUGACCGGGCUCCAUUUCCACCCCCACCCCACCCCACUCAAAUGAUGAACCCUGAAUCAUUUGCUACAUUAGCAUUAUUGCUCUUGUUUAUUGGAAAAUGUACAGCUUAUGUGAAGGUUCCUUUAUAUUGUUGAAGAAGACUAUUUGUUAUUUUUUAUUGUUUAUAAUUUUACACUGGAAUAUACCAUUUAACAGAGAAUGUCUGUCAUGGUCAAACAAAGUCUGAAAUUCCCAAUAGUUUUAGAAUCAUAGCCUCUGAUUACAUACCAGAUUGUACCACUUGUAAGGUGCAAACUGCUGCAAUACUUUUAGAAGGGAUUUGUUGUCAAAGCUAUCUGUUGUUUCAGAUCCUUUGUCUUUUAUUCAAAAACCGAAAAUGUCUCAGUUGCACUUGACACUUUGAAAGACCGUGUUGCUACAGUGAAAAUGUUAGACCGAUAGUCAAGUCAAGCAAAUGGAACUGGGAAGGCACUGGAUAUUGUACAGUCAAUUAAGAGCGAGCAGGAAUUUCACCCAAAGGAAUUUCUCUUCCCUGAAAUGUUUCCUAAAGACCAUUUCGUCUCUGUAUUGCAAAUGAAUCCCCCCCCACCCUCUCCCCCCCCAAAAAAAAUUGGAAGACUGAAACGUGUUGCACUUAAAGGAACUUUCCUCCUAAUCAAUUUUGGAAUUGCUUUUAGUUUUAAAACCUGAUUCCCACUUUUAUUGAUUUACUGCUGCCGUGUUUUGCCGUAUGAACUUUACGUUAGAAAUACAGAACUAAAACUUCAAAGCCUUUUUUUUAUAAAAUCUAGAAACAAUACACUAAUUUUCCACUUUUUCUUGACUUGACUAUUGAAUGAUUUGUUAGCUUUGCUUCUAGGGCUUCACAGAAUCAACAACUCUUACAGAAUGCAAGGCACAGGUCCGACCAUAUAUUUUUCCAUAAAGUACUUAUUUUAUUCAGAGAUGUACUAGUGUUAAAAGUGUAGUUUUGUGGAAUUGAUUUGGUGACUAACACGAGUGGGGGAAAAAAAAAAAAAAUCUCAUAACCAGAAGGGACAUGGGUAGGAUUUGAAACGAUUAUUUUUUAGGGGCUGGCCAUCAAUCAUGACAAACUCAAAGCCUGAAUGAUUGGACACCACAAAGGGCAAUUCUACUGGCUGAAAUAAUACCUUACAAUGAAAACAAGCAUCUGGUGCUGUCUCCAUCCAGCGUGGAACUUAACCGUUUAAUCAAGUCGUCUCGAAUCUAUGCAGAACUCCUUUCCUCCUUGUAAUGGAACUGCUGUCUUAGCACUGAAGUUAUGGAGGAUUUCCAUCCUGUGACUUUUUGCAAAAAAAAAAAGAGCUGUUAUUUAUCUUGGAAAAUGGAAUGAACAAUGUCCACUGAAAGUGUGUAACUAUGCCAAUCUCUUUAAUUCACCAAUUGCAGACUAGCGAGCUAGCGAGCCAGCGAGCGAGAGAGAAGAGAGAGAGAGAGAGAAAACAAAACUCAUCCAUAUUUGAACAGAACAGACACGUAGUCACUGUUAGAUGCUUGUUUUGUAACAAGAAAAGCGUGUUUGCUUGGGUUAUUCUGUUAUUGACCAAUGGAGCGAAUCACCCAUGUGUGCAAUCUCCCAUUUUCUACUAUGCUACAUGCCUCACUGCAAUAAAAAUUGUGGGGUUUAAAGCACA